CGAGGCGGGCUGGGCCCAGGGAGGGCAUGGAGGGAGGCCGGGCCGGCGGGGGCGGCAACUACAGCCCCGGCGCAGCUGAGAGACGCCACCAUGGAGCACAUUACCAUCCCCAAGGUGGAGAACGUGAAAUUGCUAGAUCGUUACGCAGCCAAGAGAUCGGCCAACGGGACCCUGUACCUGACCGCAACGCACCUCAUCUACGUAGACGUGUCUGCUGAAGUCCGGAAGGAAACAUGGAUUUUGCACCACCAUAUUGCCAGUGUGGAGAAGCUGCCUCUUACCCCCGCAGGGUGUCCCCUGCUCCUCCGCUGCAAGAAUUUCCGGGUGGCUCACUUCGUCUUCGGGUCCGAGCGCGAAGGCCACGCAGUUUAUACCUCCCUCCUGAAGCUUUCCCAGCCAGUGAAACCAGACGAACUCUAUGCCUUCGCGUACAACCCCAAGUCCUCGAAAGACAGCCGGGAGAGCGGAUGGAAACUCAUCGACCUGAGAGCGGACUACCGGCGCAUGGGGAUACCAAAUGAAUACUGGCAGAUAACGGAGGCCAACAAGAACUACGAGGUCUGCAGUACUUACCCUCCCGACUUGGUGGUGCCGAAAACGGCCAGCAGGACCACGGUCGUUGGAAGCGCCAAGUUCAGAAGCCGAGGAAGGAUCCCAGUACUUUCGUACUUCUACAAGGAGAACAAUGCCGCCAUAUGCCGCUGUAGCCAGCCCCUGUCUGGGUUCAGCGCUCGCUGCCCCGAGGAUGAGCAGAUGCUGCAGGCCAUCAGCCAAGCCAAUCCGGGAAGCCCGUUCAUGUAUGUUGUAGACACGAGGCCAAAGCUGAACGCAAUGGCCAAUCGGGCAGCCGGGAAAGGGUACGAGAACGAGGAUAACUAUGCCAACAUUCGCUUCAAGUUUAUCGGCAUCGAGAACAUCCACGUCAUGCGGAGCAGCUUGCAGAAACUCCUGGAAGUUUGCGAAAUGAAGGCUCCAUCCAUGAGUGACUUCCUGGCUGGCUUGGAGAACUCCGGGUGGCUGAGGCACAUCAAGGCUGUCAUGGACGCCGGCAUCUUCCUCGCACAGGCAGUGGAAAGAGAGAAGGCCAGCGUCUUGGUCCAUUGUUCGGACGGGUGGGACCGCACAGCGCAGGUCUGCUCUCUGGCCGGCAUCCUCUUAGAUCCCUUCUACAGGACCUUCAAAGGACUGAUGGUGCUGAUUGAGAAGGAAUGGAUGUCCAUGGGCCACAAAUUCUCCCAGAGGUGCGGUCACCUAGAGGGGGACCCCAAGGAAGUGUCUCCAGUCUUCACCCAGUUCGUGGAGUGCGUCUGGCAGCUGAUGGAGCAGUUCCCCUGUGCCUUCGAAUUCAACGAACGGUUCCUCCUCGAGAUUCACGACCACGCCUUCUCCUGCCAGUUUGGAAAUUUCCUCGGGACCUGCCACAAGGAACGGGAGGAGCUGAAAAUCUAUGAGAAGACACAUUCCCUGUGGCCCUUCCUGUUAGAGAAGAAGCAGGAGUUUAGGAAUCCACUCUACAAAGGCUUCACUGCUUAUGGGACCCUGCAACCCAACACUUUCCCUUUCAGCUUUCAGUUUUGGUGUGGGAUGUACAACCGGUUCGACAAAGGCAUGCACCCCAAACAGAGUGCCCUGGACCACCUCCUCAACUGCCUGAGACAGAAAACAGAGUUGGAGGAGAACACGACCAAGUUGGAGAACGUUGGCCAGAGACCGCCCGACCUCAGCCGUCCCUUCUCGGAAGACCCCGGCGCCCGCCGUGCGACCGAGAAGACGUCAGCUGAGCCUCCGAGGAGCCCCCAGGCCGACGUCCCCUCGGAGUACGAGGAUGCGCCGUCCUCUCUGUUCCCCAACGGCGGCCUGGCGGGGGACGGGGACGCCGGCAAUCCGGUCCCGAGGCCGAAAGGGAGCCCUCCCCCUCACCGGGGUGGCCGCGGCGUGACGGGGACCACCGAGGCGAGCGGGGCGGGGGGCGGGAGCCCCGAGCAGCGGGAGCAGUGAGCGGCCACCCCCGCCCCGGACGCAGCAGGUGGAGCGGACGGGAAGACCCGGCUCCGGAGAGACCCGUCACCCGACCUGCCGGAUUGGACACCGAUGACUCGGGGGCCCCGGGGGGUCGCCCGGGGAAGCGACGGUGUGCUCGAGGGACGUGAGCGGGCCGCGCCGCCCUCGAGGCGUCCGAGAGAUGCGGGUCCGCCGCACUACCCCCAGUGGGGGCGGGAGAGUGGAUCCGGGAGUGGGCCUGGCUGGGGAACGAGAGUUUCCCAUUGAGCGGUGGAAUCCUUUGCCGGGAGCCCCGUUCGCGCUGGGCCCGCUCCCCACCCUCGUAGAGAACGGGCGGCCGGAAGCCGGCAGUCUAUGACUCUGGCCCGGUUUUAAAAGCCAAAAUAGUGGCUUUUAAAAGGGUUUCAGCUGGAAGGGGGUGGACGGGCCCGGGCACGAGGCGGAUCGCCCCUUUCCCCUGCUGCCUCCCCUCCCCGGGCAACGCGCCGACCUCAGUCGGAGAAGUGACGGGAUUGCAGAUCGUGGCCCGGGCAGGUGACGGCUCCACUCCCCGGGGCAGACGGGCCAUCCCCUUGGACUUCCCGCACCCUUGGGAGGGGGAUCCGGGCCUUGUUCCGAAGCCCAGCCGGGGCAGUCUAGUGUCUUUUCUUUUUGACAGUACUCGCCGGAGAAAGUUCCGGGUUUUUACGACUUUUCUGGGCCCCGACAAUUUACACUCUUUUGAGAGUUCCCGACCCAUCCUGGGUAACCGACAGUACGCCCUCUAAAGAGGGAGGAGGGUCUUGGGGGCAGGCAGGGAGCCCUGGUUCCCAUCCGGUGCCUGCCUUCCUUCCUGUAUUAUUCUCGACUCGCCUUUUCUCCCCCAGGGUCAGAGGCUUGGGGCCCUUGGGGUUUCCAGACUUCCGCAGGCCACCACGCUCUGGUAGGCCGGCUGCUUUCCUUCUGUCCCGAUGGGGAGAGGAGCCUUACCCAAACUCCCUGAGCUGUUUUCCUCCUUCAUCCAGAGUGCUCUCCGCCGCUCAGUCUGUGUUAGGACCUAACUCACGGGGGAAGACAAGAUUGUUUCGGGCGGGAGGUUUCGCGCUGUCGCGAGAAAGGGCGUCUCUGCUGCCGAAUAACAGGGCAAGGGGAACGAAGAAUGUAUUCCUCGUCUCUUCCCCGGGCCUCACUACUGCCUUCAGAACCCCGCUUUCUUGAGAACAUUUCUGACUCCUUCCCCUUACUCAGAUCUCAGAUCCCCUUCCGCCUUAGCCCCCUUGCUAGCUCUCUCAGGCCACGGGGCCUCGGGCCGUGGAGGAAAAGGUCAUGAGGUCAAGUCAGGCAUCCCAGCCUAGUUUUCCAAAGGGAGAUUGAAACGGGAUGGUGAUGUGCCAAUUUGGCGCCCAGAGAUCUUCUUCCAGGCCUGUUGCAUUUCAUCCCUCAAAUUCCCUUUUCUGGGAAAUUUGAAGGAUGCCUGGUACUCCUUGUGGGGAAAGGAAUCCCAGGGUGGUGAUUGGUAUUUUGUAAAGGCCCAGUGAGGAAGAGGAUCUUUUUCCCCAGACCCCAGAAGGGAUUUCGGUAGCGUGACAGAAUUCCGAAAUCCCGGGCUCGGCACAGAAUCGUUCCGCUCGUCGUGUGGCCCGACGGCAUUGGCGCUGAGAAGGCGGGUUGAGCUCAAGCCUCCUGGGUCCCCGAAUGUUCGGGACCACGAGGUUGUGUAGAGUGCUGUUGUUGGAAACCAGAAGGCUGUGGUGGUCUCUGGGGUCUGCAGCACACCUGUGCCCCGGGUAGGAUUGCGUUCCUUCGCCCACCAAAUUGCGGCUGGGUUCCGGAUCUACAGAUGAAAUCCAGGAUUUUUCUGAAUUCUCAUCCUGUCUCUUAGGCCUGGGGCGGAGUCCGAGUUGGACAGCGCGCGUUCAAGUGUUUUUUUCUUUUCCUCUAUCACGAUUGAGUCCUCUUCAUUCCCCACCCAUCAUCCUUUCCCUCGUGCGGCUUCCCUCCUCUCUUAAAGGGCCCGCAGACGGGGCUGCCAACUCCCAAAACCUGCUCCCGAGUUAAGGAAUCCGCCUUUGAUUCUUUUUUUAGGAUUGAGAUUCCACAUUCGGGGUUUGGGGGGGGAGGGCAAUUCCAUUGUGACUCAACGGCAUUUAGACACUGGAAGAGGCAAAGCAGCGCCGUGGAGUGGAGGCCGGUGAUACCAGAGAUUCUUAAGGAAACUUCUUCGGGUGCCCCGUGCUGUUGGAGGCAAGAAAGGACUGGCUAUUAAUAGCCUCGUCUGUGAUGGGAAGGGCCCCGCAUUCUAAAAGCUGAAAUUCCAUUCCCGUGUAGCUGUGGGAUUUAAAGGGUAAGAGCUCAGGACAGCUGUGAAGCUGGGCUUGGCUUCCGAGAUUUAAAAGGGACUGCUGUCUGUACACUCCUUUCAAACGGCAAACUCUGCGUCCGCGUGUGCACGCCCGCGCGCGCUUACUCCCUCUGGCUCCAUCCAGGGUUCACGUGGACGCCCCCCCCCCCGCCCCCCCCCCCCCCCGGGAGACAUUUGCCUACAGAGAGAGGUCUAGAGUUGCAGCGAGAAUCGAAGCGUCCCCAGAUCUUGACCCCGGAGUGCUUUUCUGGGCCUUGGCGUAGGUCCCGGAGGCCGACGCAAGCUAAGGUCUCAGGUCGGAGCAGAACCAGGCGAUGUCCCAUCGGAGACAAAAAUAGGUCUCUCCAACUGCCAUGGGACUUGGCCGAGCCUCUGAUAAAUCUUUGUAUGAGGACAUUUUAUAAAUAAGACCGUUUUUUUCUACAGUUUAACGACAUAGGAUUGCCCUUCAGAAAAAGGAGUCUUUAAACGGGUCUUUGCCUUACCUACAUUGACUCAUUCCUCGAAAGAUUAGUCCUCCUGACUUCUCUGCCGGUUUUUAAUGGGUUUGAUUUAAACGGCAACGGUCCGAGUCCGGGGCCCCCGCCAGCGAGACCCCCAAGUGAUCGGUCAGCGUGAUUCCCGGGCCUCGGGAUGUCAUUCUGCACGGUUUUUAAGCAGCAGACCUCAACUGGCCCUUCUACGGGAGACAUUUUAAAAACAUAAGCUUCCCGUGGAUGCAGCCGUCCACGGCUCUCCUGCUGGAGAACUUUGACGCUAGUUGGGAGGUGUCCGCUGGUAAAAAGCCCAGGGGAGAAAGUCAGGCGUCAUCGAAACGGGUUUCCGACUCCUUGUACGCGCAGAAAGCCAAUCGUUUUCAAGACCGAGCUUCUAAGGCCAAGCUUUCCAGGUGCUCUGGGCUCGUAGACUCCGGGCCUAACUCAUCUAUUAGAGCUAGCGAGGUCACGUUCCUGGGCCUGGGAUAUGUCACAUGCUAAAGGAGGAGGUGGAGUGUCUCCAUGGCUGUCCAGUUUGUAGAGGAAGGACAAGUGGAGUUUGUAGAGAGGCUGGAGUGGGUUGGGUUUAAGGCUGGCGGGAUGUCGGCAGUUGGGUCGCCAGAUGCCGUCUUGACGUAGAUGGCACCCAGAGUCGCCAAGCUUCCUCGUUCUUCCUACUUGGGGAGGGGGGUCUCCUGAGCCGGCAAGGGGGAUCCAUCCAGGUGACACCUGCCUUUCCGAGCCUGCGUUGGCAUUCGUCACCGAAGGGGAUCCCGAGUCGUGACCUUUCCACGGCUGGCGGCCGGGCCCCUCGGCUUCGCUUCCCUCGAGGCUGGUGGCCAUUUUCUGGAGUUCCUGGGUAUCCCGGGGCCGAAAGCAGCGUCCGUUGUCCCUCUGCGGGAUCCGGGUUGGGAUACAAAAGCAAGAGCGAGUGAAGCUCUGAAGACGUAGGCCGGGUGGGUCCUUGCGCACCGCAUCUCUCGGGAGCCUCAGCGGUGGACCGCGGUUUGGAUUCCCGUGUUCAGACUAUGCGCUGAAUGAAACCUCCCUCCCAAAGUGGGGUAUCUUUAGUGCGUCCCGUUCAGAGCCCCAGGGAUGGAGAUAAGCAAAGACGAGUGAGCGGCUAACAGUUCCAAGGCAGAAAAGCCCAAAAACCUGGAAGGUCCCGAGCCGGUGUAUUGUGGUCGUCGUCUGUCCCGGGCCUUCAGUGUUCGCCGUGCUGUGGCUAUAAUUUUUCAGGCCCGAGUUCACUCCGUCGUUUAGCGGAUUACAGAGGGGAGCACUUUUUUUUUCUUUUUUCUUCUUUUUUUAUUUUUUUUUUGGUUUACUAACCACGUAUUAAGUCUCCAGUGUUUUGUCGUAGCAGCUUAAAUGGUAAAUGCUACUUGGGCUAUUUCAGUAAAACGUGUCCACAGCAUCCCCGCUGAGGCACAUUUGUGUGAGUGAUUGAUUUCAAGGUUCCCGUCUGUUUUAUAUCGAGCCCGUCGCUGAGGUUGUAUGCGUGUAUGCCCUUGUCUGGUUGAUGCCCCGCCUGUUUUUGUACCGCGUUUUGGAGAACACCGCCCUUCGCCCCAAAACCGUGUUUCCGGACCAAUGGUGGUUUUGUUGUGACGGUUUAUUUUGUUUAAAAUAAAAUUCUUCUUUACAUUUUUUUUUUUGGA